UGUGAAGUGUCUUCGGUUAAAAUAAAAAAACAACAUAGAUUGGAGAGAUGGGCAUGACAUGAAGAAGAGGACGAGGAAUUGGGAAGCAUAGCAGAUUAGCAGUGACAGAGGGCAGAAAGAGAAUGGAAAGAGUGUUGUCAGUGGAUGAAAUAUCGGAACAGUACUUUUGGUCGGAUGAAUCGUGCAAGUCAAAUUCAAAGAUGAAUCGGAGCGAUUCCGAAUGGGCAUUCCAGCGUUUCUUACAAGAAGCUUCUUCUGCAUCGUCCACCGUUGAUGUCAAACUCGCGAAAAACAACUUCCCCGUUUCUGUUGAUUCCGAUGACUACCAGGCUAUACUCAAGACCAAGCUCAAUCUCGCUUGCGCCGCCGUCGCUUUGACUCGGGGGUCUAUGGUCAAAUCUCAAAAUCCUGCCACUUUUCCUGAUUGUGGGUCACAGGCAUCUAAUCCUUCUGAAGUUGGAUCUCAGGGUACUUUGAAAGGAUCUGGCCCUUCUGGAAAUGAUCCAUAUAAAUCACAAAAUAAAGGUGUCAAAGUACCAGUUGGGGUUCCUUGCUUGCUUUCCAUGCAAAACAAACCUGUUGUUUCAAUCAGGUCAAUAACAAGUGGAUCAUCAAAAGAACAGUCAGAUGAUGAGGAAGCUGAGGGAGAGAUUAAUAUGAUUGAAAACAUGGACCCUUCUGAUGCAAAACGAGUAAGGAGGAUGCUUUCUAAUAGGGAGUCUGCCAGACGCUCAAGAAGAAGAAAGCAGGCUCAUUUAACUGAGCUUGAGACACAGGUCUCUCAAUUAAGAGAUGAAAAUUCCUCAUUGUUAAAGCGCUUAACGGAUGUGAGGCAGAAAUACAGUGAUGCUGCUGUUGACAACAGAGUAUUAAAAGCUGAUGUCGAAACAUUAAGAGCUAAGGUGAAGAUGGCUGAAGAGACCGUCAAAAGAAUUACUGGGUUGAACCCAACGUUUCAAGCUGUUUCUGGGAUAUCAUCAAUGGGAAUGUCAUUAUUUGAUGGAAGGCCUUCUGAGACAUUAACUGAUGCGGCUGUUCCUGUGAAAGAAGACCCAAAUCAUAACUUUUGUCAACCCACUUCUAACAAUCUUGUGUCCAGUCAUGAUCUGAGAGUCAACAAAGGGGUGGGAAGCAUUUCUUCGAUUGAAAGUGUGCAGCAGAACACUGCACCAGUGGUAGGUGGUAAGAAGAUGGGGCGAACAACUUCCCUGCAGCGGGUGACUAGCUUGGAACAUCUUCAAAAGCGGAUUCGUGGCGGUGUCGAUUCAUCUGGACCUCUUUCUAAUGGAAAGCAGUGACAGAAUAGCUAGUUCACAUUAUGCUUGCAUGAAAGAAAUUAUUUCUAAAACUAUUUAUUUCUGAUGUUUUGUAAGUAAGGGCCUAUUUUGCUUAACUAUAUUGUAAAUCAAUUUGAUGUUUCUUAGCCUUGAUUGAGCAUGUUAUACCUCUGGAUACUCCUUUUUUUGAUGGACCCCCAAAUGUUUUAAUCCAUUGUUGAUGUGUAAUCAAGAUUAGUUAUACAUAAAGGAG